AUGCGCUUAGCGGCAACUAUGUCUGCCGAAUUUGGCUCGGCCAGCGCAGCAGCGAAAAGUCCUUCGGAGCAGUCAAAUUGGCUCUUCGGCUCACUUCGAUACCAGUACUCGGCAGCCAAACAGACGUCGUUGUCGCAACGCGCAGAAAGCGUCGUAGGACGCGAAGAGAGGGAUACUGUCGGAUCCGCAGACGGUGGAACAAGCGUACCUGAUCGCCACGAUGGUCUGUUGCCCACUCGUCCGUCCUCUUCCACGUCGCAGCAAGACCCCAGCGAGGCAGUGGGCUAUCUCUGCAGCUCGACUCUGCCGACCUCGAGUGUCACACACGUCUCUACGCCUCUGAAUCCUUGCGCCUCCUCUUUCGACCUAUUGUCCUUGUCGACAUUGAGCAUCCAGGCCACUUCGUCUGGCCAAAGCGAGGAUGGUCGCUCACUUCUCAACCCAAACAAUACCAGCAGCUCGCAUUCAUCAGAUCCGAGACUUACGUAUGGGUCAUUGGACAUUCAUCUUUCUCCUCCGCCAGUCGGUCCAGGCGCAGAAGCUCAGCGCAGCGGCGAAAAUGUUUUCAACACGCGCCUGGAGUACCUACGAAGCCUUCGAGCCCAGCCGCCUCAAGGGCAAUGGCGAGAUCCCUACUUCAUCUUUGCACGGCUCGGAAAGAUGGAAAAGAUGUCGGCGCUGGUCGUCACGGCGAACAAGCACAUGACGCAGUCGCUCAUUUCCGAAUCGCUCGCCGACCGAAUGUUCAAGGCAAGGGACGGCUGGAAAGAAGGCUGGAAGAAGAAGGACGACCGAUGGAUCCUCAUCGACCUGUCUUGGCCGUUUGAUGCUGCCUCGCAGACACUUCGAGAUGACGGCAGCCUCGUCUGCUUCGAGUCAAAGCGCGUCCGCUUCCUGAUCGUGCCCCACCGGGAGAUGAAGAAGGGCAUCAUUCUAGCCAAAGACGUGCUCGAAGAUCAAAGGCUUCGAGUAACAAAGGGGUCUCAUCAAACCUAUCUCGGCGCCGACGGCAAACGAGAAGAGGGCGUUCUUCUGCACGGCUUUCAGGUGAACAUCCUCAACGCAGCCGCGUCAGACAGGCCUUUCGAACGACUCUGUCGCCUCGCCGAAUUCGCCGCGACGCGCAAACCGAAGAAGAACGAGAAUUUACUCUUUCGCCAGCAGAUCCAGGAUGAGGUGCGACGCAACCAUUUGCAGAUCAGGUGA